AUGCAUACGUGUAUAGUGUGCGGCAAUAAAUCUAAAAACAACAAUGUCAAUCGUCCAGGAGUAAUUUUUCAUGGAAUAACCAAGAAUGCAUACAUGAGAAGAAAAUGGCUAAAAGUUUUAGGAAUUGAUCGUUGUUAUGAUUGGCAACGUAUAUGUAGUGAACACUUUCUGGAAGAAAACUAUAAGCCUGGAAAAAAGCGAUUAUUGUUUUCAAAUGCUAUCCCCCAACCUUAUGAUAAAAAUGGUUUUCCUUCUAAGUAA